GAGCCGCGGGUCUGACGUGGCAGUCCAGCUCCGCGCGGCUCGGGCGCAGAGUGGAGACUCCAACAGGAAAGGCGCCGGCCAGCGGUCGCCCGCACGAGAAGCCGAGCUUCAGGGCUCUUUUCUAGAACGAGCUUGGGAAUGACAUUUUCACCAUGAGCCGACAAGGUUAUGUGGCCACACCUCCUUACUCUCAGUCCCAGCCAGGAAUCGGCCUUUCUCCUCCUCAUCACGGACACUAUGGGGACCCUUCCCAUGCCACUGCUCUACCAGGUGUGAUGAAGCCACCAGGGCCUUUGGGGGCAGCUGCCCCUGGGGUGAUGCUGCCGUCCCCACCUCCUGGACCACAGCAGUUUGGCCAGAAUGCACCUCACGCCUCCAGCGCCCCAGGCCUGCCUCCCCAAAGAUUCACAGGCCCUGCACCUGUGCACAGUGUGGCCUCCGCAUGCGCCCCCUGCCAACCCUCUGCACAGCCGUCCUACCCGAGUCCCGCGCCCACGUCACCCGUCACCCAGCUGGGCGGCCAGCUGGGGGCCAUGCAGCUCAACAGCCACGGUCCCAGCGGGGUCCCCGCCGGCCCUCCCACGUUCCCAGGCCCUCCGCAGCCCGCGCUGCCCUCCAUUCUGCAGCCCGGGCCCCGGGUGCUGCCGCCACCGCCCACUGCGCUGAAUGGCCCAGGUGCGCCCCCGCCAGCCGCAGGCACAGCCUUCCCGCCGCAGGCUGCCGGCUAUGGCCCGCAGAUGGGCGCGCCCGCGUCCUACCCUGGAGGCCUCGCCCCCGGCCCUGCGCGCAUGGCUGGGCCGCAGCCCCCGAAGCAGCUGGACCCCGAUGCUGUCCCCAGCCCGAUCCAGGUGAUCGAGAGUGACAGAGCAGCCAGAGGGGGACAAGUGUAUGCCACCAACACCAGAGGCCAGGUCCCGCCCCUGGUCACCACCGACUGUGUGAUUCAAGACCAAGGCCACGCCAGUCCUCGGUACAUCCGCUGCACCACCUACUGCUUCCCCAGCUCCUCGGACCUGGCCAAGCAGGCGCAGGUCCCGCUGGCCGCCGUCCUCCAGCCCUUCGCCACGCCCCCUGCUGACGAGACACCCCUUUACCUGGUGGACCACGGAGAGAACGGGCCAGUCAGGUGCAACAGGUGCAAGGCCUACAUGUGUCCCUUCAUGCAGUUCAUCGAGGGCGGCAGGAGGUACCAGUGUGGGUUCUGCAGCUGUGUGAAUGAAGGUAAGCGGCGGUGGAGUGCUCUUGGGGGAAGCCCUUCCUGUAAACCCACAGGCACUCUGCAGCCUGGCUGGGAGACGGCAGGUGGUCUCCGCAUCGCAGCGCCCUCUCAGAUUCACCUGGAAACUUGGUUUUCAUUCGGGGAUGUUGAGACAGCUGUGCAGAGUGUGCCUGCACUGACUGCGCUGGAGCUGGUCUUCCUUAACCCCAAGCUGAAAGCACACACUGAGGCUGAGAGCACUGACUGCGCUGCAGCUGUUUGUUGUACCCUCAUCCCCAGGAUGUGGCUUUGCCUUGUUUUCUUCAGGAAGCCCAAAUUCAGACACAUAUCUUUAUAUGUCCAACUGAAACACUUCUCGUUCCACUUUAUGAAAGGCCACAACAGUUCUUUUGCUCACAGGGAAGAGCGUGAAGAGCCGUCUGCAGUCCGCGUGGGGUUUAUCACCUACCACACAGUUCUCCACUUCUUCAACGUGAAGAGCAACUUGGCGCAGCCUCAGAUGAUGGUGGUGACGGACAUUGGAGAGGUCUUUGUUCCUCUGCUGGAUGGGUUCCUCGUCAACUAUCAAGAGUCCCAGUCGGUGAUUCACAACUUGCUGGACCAGAUUCCAGGGAUGUUUGCAGACUCCAACGAGAAUGAGGCCGUCUUCGCUCCUGUGGUCCAGGCGGGCAUGGAGGCUCUGAAGGCAGCAGAGUGUCCUGGCAAGCUCUUCAUCUUCCAUUCCUCCUUGCCAACUGCUGAGGCGCCAGGGAAGCUCAAGAACAGAGACGACAAGAGACUGCUCAACACAGACAAGGAGAAGAUUCUUUUCCAGCCCCAAACCAGUGUCUAUGAGGCUCUGGCCAAAGACUGUGUGGCCCAUGGCUGCUCUGUGACCCUCUUCCUCUUCCCCAGUCAGUAUGUGGAUGUGGCCUCCUUGGGCCUUGUUCCUCUGCUCACCGGGGGAACUCUUUACAAGUACAGCAAUUUCCAGAUGCACUUGGAUAGCCAGCAGUUCCUGAAUGACCUGAGGAGUGACGUGGAGAAGAAAAUAGGUUUUGACGCCAUCAUGCGGGUGCGGACCAGCACAGGGUUCAGAGCCACAGACUUCUUUGGUGGGGUCUUCAUGAACAACACCACCGACGUGGAGAUGGCUGCCCUGGACUGCGACAAGGCUGUGACGGUGGAGUUCAAGCACGACGACAGGCUCAGCGAGGACAGUGGCGCCCUGAUCCAGUGUGCUGUGCUUUACACCACCAUCGGGGGUCAGCGGAGACUUCGGAUUCACAACCUCGGCUUAAACUGCAGCUCCCAGCUAGCAGAUCUUUACAAGAGCUGUGAGACGGAUGCCCUCAUCAACUUCUUUGCCAAGUCAGCUUUUAAAGCAGUUCUACACCAGCCUUUGAAAGUCAUCCGGGAAAUCCUAGUUAAUCAGACUGCACACAUGUUGGCGUGUUACCGCAAGAACUGCGCCAGCCCGUCUGCAGCGAGCCAGCUCAUUCUACCAGACUCCAUGAAGAUAUUGCCAGUGUACAUGAACUCCCUGUUGAAAAGCUGUGUGCUGCUCAGCAGACCAGACACCCCUACGGAUGAGCGGGCCUUCCAGAGGCAGCUGGUCAUGACCAUGGGAGUGGCCGACUCCCAGCUCUUCUUCUACCCACAGUUCCUGCCAAUCCACACCUUGGAUGUCAAGAGUACAGCCUUACCUGCUGCUGUCCGCUGCUCCGAGUCCCGCCUCUCAGAAGGAGGGAUCUUUCUUCUGGCCAACGGUCUGAACAUGUUCUUGUGGCUGGGAGUGAGCAGCCCACCAGAGCUGAUCCAAGGGAUUUUUAAUGUGCCAUCUUUUGCACAUGUCAGUACAGAUAUGACUGUGCUGCCUGAGGUGGGAAGCCCACACUCUCGACAGCUCCGGAUGAUCAUGGGUGUCAUCCAGCAGAAGAGGCCAUAUUCCAUGAAGCUCACCAUAGUGAAGCAGCGGGAGCAGCCAGAGAUGGUUUUCCGACAGCUCCUGGUGGAGGACCGGGGGCUGCACGGAGGGUCCUCCUACGUGGAUUUCCUCUGCUGUGUUCACAAGGAGAUAUGCCAGCUGCUCAGCUAGCCAGCGCUGGGUGCUGCACUUCUGGGGAAGCGGUCUCUGGGCGCCCACUUUUCUAGAAAGCAGCAGGCUCACUCUGAUGCCCGCCACCCUGCAGGGACGCAGUGUGGGGUCUGAGAAGGUGCCCUCGUGUCAUGAAGGGAAGAGCCUAUUUCUGACUGCAGUUUUUGAUUUUUAAAACUGAUGGAGUUUGCAUUUGAUGAAGAGCAGUUUACAGAACAUAACAUUCUCAAUUUCCUUUAUGCUAGAUAUAUAAAUUAUUUUUCAAACUGUAUAGAUUUGGGGUAAAAGAUUGUAUUGGUUCCUCUCCUAUUUCCAGUGAGGGGAAAAACUUAAUUUUUACAUUAUACCUAAUUUUUUAAAACCACAUAGCUCCAUUGAACACACUUUUCAAUUAAGAUUUGCAGAUUUUAAUAAUGUGGAUUCUAUCUAGUAGAAGAAUGUAUGCUCUACUUUUUUUCAUAAUUACAUACUAUCUUUGUUUAAACUAUUUUCCAGUUGUUUUGUCUUAAAACUGUAUUAAUAUUCUUAAUAGUUCUUUGUACAAUUUUGGCAAUUUCUACCUGUAUAUAAUGGAUCUUUACCAGUAUCAAUAAAUCACUUCAUAUAAAAAUUUAA